UCGUCGCGUGACGCCGAGCCGUGCGCAUCGAUCCGAGCGGUACACACACGGCGAGCAUUCGCGCCCCCGAACGAAAAUCAAUCCCGUCACCGCGUUGAAUUUUCUUGGCAGUCGAGAGCCAGCUCUCGCAUCGGUGAUUCCGAACGUCGUAAAACCGUCCAAGUUCCUUGGCGAUAUGUUGAGGAAAUUGCUGAGCAAGUCGGGCCGCAGAUUGCUGAGGGCAAUCAAGAAGCUGUCGACGAGGAGCCACAAGGCGAAGAAGUCGCGGAACUUGACCUCCUGGCACUCGGCCAUACCGGACCACGAGACGACGUCGUUGUCGUCGUGGUCCUUGCCGUCCCUGGACACGAAAAGUAUCGACACUUACAUGACGUACGUCGCGGAGAAUUCCGAGGACUGCUCGUCGACGUGUUGCUACUGCGACGAGUACGAGGAGAAUCAGAGGAACGAGAACAUCGAGAACGAGAUGAUAAUCUAACGCAU